AGUAUAAUACGAGAGGCUAUAUAGCUUCGUUUAGCGCCCCGCCCUGGGCUCCCGACGAACUCUCAUGGCUGCUAUAGCCGAAAACGUGAAGAGCCAAAACCGCGGCGGAUACGACUGCGAGUUCGUUACGCCACCGCCCGAUGUGUUUCAGAUCGAGUGUCCGAUUUGCCUGCAAAUCCCGAAAGAACCGUGCCUCAUCAGUUGUCCCUGCGGAAAGGAGUUUUGCCGCGAAUGCAUCGAGCGAAUGAAGGAAGACAACAAGCCGUGUCCGCGGUGUAACCUGUCUGAUUUUACGUUCUUACGUCACCACGGGUCAGAAAGAUAUCUGAAGGCACAAGAGGUGUCGUGCUCACACAAGAAGGACGGCUGUAAAUGGACGGGGAAACUUGGAGAAUACGAACAGCACCUGAAUAAAGAUCCAUCUCCUGAGAACCAGCUGACUGGGUGUCAGUUUGUGGAGAUAGAGUGUGAGCAUGUGUGUGGGGAGUGGUUCCAGCGUCGCUACAUCACUUCCCACAAAAAGAGGGUGUGUCCCAAGCGACCUUACUCCUGUAAACACUGCCAUGAAUAUGAAUCCACUUUUGAAGAUGUUACCAAAAACCAUUAUCCUCAGUGUGUCAAGUAUCCUGUUGCCUGCCCUAUCAAAUGUCGAGACGCUCCCUUUGAACGGCAGAAUGUGAAGAACCACGUGAAAGACGAAUGUCCCCUCACGGAAAUCGACUGCCCACUCCACUCGCUGGUUGUGAGGUGAGACUGCCUCGCAAAGACAUGCCUGAGCACAUGACAGACACUGUCACACAUCUGACUCUGCUGGCUACCGUUACACAGAGCCUCCUGAAAGAGAAUCAGGAACUGCGUCAGACCACUGAGGACCUCAAGAAAGAGAAUCAGGGGCUGCAA